AUGGCACUUACAAGAAUAAGGUCUUUGCAGAAGCUGACUGGUGCAGGUUGUUCACCGGUGCUCUGCAAAUGGAGACAAAACCGCGCAGGAUGUCCGUCAACCGCGUCCGUCAUUCACCUUCCGGUGUUGUCUGGGGGGCGACGCUUCUUGUCUACCACGAGGAAAUUGGGCUCAGCUGAAGCUAUUCGAGCCAACAGUGAGCAGGAAAUAUUCGAGUCAAGCGAGCCCCCAAGAGUUUCUAUCGAUAGCAAUAUCCUCCUUAGGUCCCAAUUCGAAUUGCAUGGAGAUAUUCGAGAGUACCUACAGAAAUGGCAGGAUACCAACCCCAAUGAUUUGGACCCCGUGCGCCGAUCCGAUUCCAAGAAUCGGCCAUUGGAUUUACCGGGUAAAUCCGUUGGCACAAUGCCUAAUGGCCGCGACACAAUCGAUGCUUGGGGUGACCCGAACAGGCUAAGCCAGGAUGCUCUGGAUAAAGAUGAAUUUGAAGGUGAACACCUCGAACAGGGCGACUUAAUCGCCCGGUUGAACGCAGAUGGCGUGUUCAACUACGGAAUCUAUGUGCGAUCCAUUCACAAACAGAAACAGUUCUACAAUAGUAGUGGGAACUGGCGCAUCUGCUCUAACGCGGAGCUCGACUACGUUAUUAAAGGAUUUGCACCCACCGAACUUGUCGAGCCUCUCAUCCCGUGGUUCCCGGAUACCGAGACUGUUGCAAGCCAAGAUAUUCAGCUGGCCCCCGAGGGAGGUCUUCCUAGGCCACUAGGUGCCCCUCUUCUGAGAAUGAUGGGCAACUUCAAGACUCAUAUCUUGAAAUUCUAUAGAGAAAACUCCCAGAUACUGGACAAUCUUCAUGAUAAAGUGGCAGAUGAGACCGAAGUUCUCUGCUUGAGCCUUGAACAACUGACAAUGACUGCUCUUGGCAUUGAGGAAUCUGAGCUGACCAGCGUCAACAUGUUUGCUGUCCAUCAGGCUGUUCGCCGGCAUCCUUUCCUCAUUGAGAAAGACACCAGCUCCUUGUUCAGCCGGAUUUAUAUGGUGCAGCCAAAACGGAUCGCCAACAUUGUCAAACAAGUCGUCGACUGGACCCAUGAACACCAAGAACAUUGUAUUCGUGCCACAAUGCGCAAAGACACCCAGGGGUCCAAAGACCAUCCUAUGAAUAAAUUUAUCGCCAAAGCACAGCGGUUGAUUCGUCUUAGCAGAAGGCUUCGCUCUCCGACUAUUAUGUCCAGUGUGGGACCAUCCUCCAACAGGUAUUCGCCUGGCCAGGAUGGAAACCCACUGGUGUUCCGCGAACUUCCCACCGAAGCUUUCAGUGCAGAGGACUCAAUGAUCAUUGAAUAUCUGAAGCUGUACUCUGUUCCUGCCAUUGUCAUGCCGUCGGGCACCCUGAGAUCAACAGCAACACAUAUCAUGCGUGCCACAGGGAUGUACAAUACCUCUGGUCUGAGCGAGGCUUCAACACGUCUUUUGUUGCAGGAAAUAGGCAUUUUAGCACCUUGGGAGAACCUUUUACCUCUUGACCAGUAUCUGAUGCUUCCUGGGCAUGGCGUGUCCCUCGCAAAGGACAUGGAAUUUGAAGAGAUUGAGAACUCUUGCAAGGAGCUUACUGCCGAUCAGUUGCAAGAUUCUAUGCAACACCUGAGAAAGGAUUGGGGAGAUAUGCCAGUCUACUGUGUGGAUGAUGUGACGGCGCAAGAAAUUGAUGACGGAAUAUCGCUGGAGCCCAUCCCAGGAUCUCAUAAUGCAUUCUGGGUGCAUGUCCACGUUGCUAACCCCACAGCCUUCAUCGAGCAUCAAAAUCCCAUCAUCCAGUAUGCAGCCUCACGACUUUUCACCAGCUACAUCCCGGAACGCACGUAUCCCAUGCUUCCCAAAGCUCUUACUGAGCCCCACUUCAGUUUGGCUGCUGGUCGGCCGGUACUCACAUUCAGCGCGAAGAUGAAUGUUCGAGGAGAAAUCAUGGAUAGUAAGAUCCAAAAUGGGACAAUUCACAACGUCAUCAAUCUCACCCACAAAACACUUCGCGACUUCUUCGACCCGGAUGCCGAAGAACAGUUGGAACCCCUCACCAUAGGUGGGGUGUUCACCGAACCAACAGUACCACAUGGUAAAACAAUUCAACAAGGCUUGCGGCCCGAGGACAAAGAUAAAUUCCACAUCAUGCGUCAACUCAUGCUUGCAUUCCGCAACACCCGCAGAAAGAACGGCUCCAUGGACCUCACUCCUCUUAGCCCAGAUCUUUCUGUCUCAGUCCAGUCAGGCGACGCCCCGAUGCCGCCUUACGAUUUAGAAGCCACGACCGGACGCCACUAUCUCGGUGACCCAGUCAUCCGGCUCAAUAUGCAUUCAUAUGAUCCAUAUGAGGUUCGUGAUCAAUCCCGGGACAAUUUAGUCUCCCUAAUCAUGAAUGUGGCUGGGCACAUCUCCGGCCAAUUCUGUGCUGCACGCAACAUCCCCGUUGUCUACGAUGGCACCUGGUACGACCCGGAGUACGGACGCGUUACCAACAAAAACUUGGCCAAUUUCGGCGGUGAGGGUUUCUAUGAGCUCAGUGCGCCGCUGGCCUACUCUUCCUCGGUCCCAACCAAGCACCACACCCUGGGCUUGGAUACGUACGUCAAGAGCACCAGUCCACUGCGCCGAUACACAGAUGUUAUUGCGCAUUACCAGAUCGAGGCAGCAUUGCGUUUCGAGCAUGAACAUGGCCGCCAGUUUGACGCUCUUGUUGAUAGCCCUGAUCCUGCAGAGAUCGAUCUAGUAGAGACGGAGACAGAGAUAGAGACGGAGACGGAGACAGAGACAGAGUCAGCACAGACAGAUCUAGCCGAGACUGCCACUGAAAUCGCCACCGUUGACACAAAGACCAUUCUCACGUCUCUCCUCCCCUUCUCCAAAUCCGAUAUUGACGCCUAUCUCACCUACUCUCAGCCCCUACGGAGACGUCUCAAAACUCUCGACAAAUACUCCUCACAGCACUGGGCUUGUAUGCUCCUCUUCCGCGCAUUCUACUUCUCUGAGUGCAGUCUCCCAGUCACAUUCCCAUGUCUGCUACGUACUCCGCGCAUCAAGCCGAGACAUCUGGACGAGGAAUAUUCCGGCGUCAUCACCAAUCUUGGCGUGAACUGUUCGGUCACCAUUCCCGAGGAUUUCCCAGAUAAGGAUAAGCUGGAUAUCUUCUGCAUGGUCGAAGCCCAUAUCACGGCUAUUGAUAUGGCAUCUUUACAUGUGACCAUGGAGGCAACUGCGUUUAUAAAGCCGUUUGAAAGGAAGGGUGAGUGGGCUUGA